AUGUGGUGUUUGCAUACAUGUAACAUGGCUAACUGGCAUCCAACUAUGGCAGGAGCAUCGACAGUCAUGGUAAUCUUCAUAGCAAGUAUCUUCUGCCCAGCAGUGGGAACACUUGCCCGAGCCUCUUCUGGACACUCCAUGUCGUCACCAGCUUGCCCUGACAAGUGCGGCGACGUAUCCAUCCCAUACCCCUUUGGGAUUGGCGCGCACUGUGCUGCAAUCAGCCUCAACAGCUACUUCAACCUCGACUGCGACAGCACGGUCGAUCCACCAAGGCCAACUGUUGGUGAUCCGAAUGUAGCAGCUGAGAUUGCCGACAUCUCACUGAAGAAUGGCGAGAUGCACCUAUACAGCCCCGUCAACCACAUCUGCUUCACGUCGAACACCACAUUCACCAAGUUCACCACAGGGUACGAUCUGAAGCACACGCCCUUCCUCCCGUCACCGUCACACAACCGUUUCACAGUCAUUGGCAGCAACACCCUUGGGCUCAUCACCGGCUACAAAGAAACCGCGGGCCAGUAUGUGACUGGUUGCUACUCGAAUUGCGAGGGCAUCAACAACACGUCUGAGGGCGCGCCAUGCAAUGGGAUGGGCUGUUGUGAGGUUGCCAUCCCCACCAACCUCACCUCGUUGGAGAUCAAAUUUGAGAUGACACAGAGCAGGGUAUGGAGCUUCAACCCAUGCUUCUACGCCAUGGUGGCUGAGGUUGGGUGGUACACCUUCAGGCAGCAGGACCUUGCCGACACUCUUGGGUUCAUCGAUGGUCGAGCUAAGAGAGGUGCUGCCGUUGUUGUCGACUGGGCCAUUAGGAAUGGCUCAUGCCCGGAGAAGGGGAAAGACACACCUACUGACUAUGCUUGCAUUAGUACAAACAGCUAUUGCAUGGCCGCGAACAAUGGUCCAGGAUACUUAUGCCAAUGCUCCGGAGGAUAUGAGGGAAAUCCUUAUCUUCUGAAUGGCUGUCAAGACAUAGACGAGUGCACAUUGCGUAAGCAGGAUCCCAAGUAUGAAGAUUUGUAUCCAUGCAGACAAGGGGUCUGUAACAACACACCCGGGAACUACUCUUGCAUAUGCAAGAGAGGAACACGACCUGAUGGUACAAAAUUUGGAUGCCGAUCUCUGUUGUCUUCAGAUCAAAAAUUGGUCAUUGGGCUCAGUAUUUCUGCAACUUCGGUGAUGACCUUAGCAUGCUUGCUACUCAUGCAAUCUCAAAUAAAAAGGCACAAGAGGGAGAAAGAUGAGUAUUUCAGACAAAAUGGGGGUCUCAAGUUAUACGAUGAGAUGAGGUCAAAGCAGGUUGACACAAUCCGCAUACUUACGGAGAAAGAGAUAAAGAGAGCCACUGACAACUACAAUGAAGAUCGAGUUAUUGGAUGUGGUGGUCUACAGAGGAACUUUGGAUGA